AUGAGCUAUGGUGAAAAGGAGGGAGGGGUUGAUAGAAACAGGCGUGCUAUGGUUGCUUUCCGAGAAACAGUUGAUGAUCUCAUGCUUCGUGAUUUGGGCUUUGUGGGACCAUGGUAUACAUGGGAGAGGGGUAAUACGGCAGCUACUAGGAUCCGUGAACGUUUGGAUCGCUUCUUGUGCUCGGCUUCUUGGUUCGAUCUUUAUUCGGACUUUGUGGUUGACCAUCUUUUGAGAUAUAAAUCUGAUCAUGUGGCUAUGGUGUUGCGUCCCCAGACUCAUAAUACUCGAAGAAAGAAGAAUCGUGGGUUCCGGUUUGAAACUUGUUGGUUACUAGAUGAGGGUUGCGAGAGUGUUGUGAAGGAUGCUUGGGUUCAUUCGGUGGGGGCUGAGCUGCCGCAGCGUCUUACCUCUAUGGCUCGUGAUUUGGCAGGGUGGAGUUCGGUUAAAUUCAAGAAGAUUCAUGACCAAAUUGCACACACGGAGAAACGGCUUUUUAGAGCCCAACUGUAA